AUGCCUCUCUUUAUCCAUUUCGGCCUUGCGCUGGUCGCACUCGCAUCACUCUCUCUGCAAGUCGCGGCCCAUGGUGCAAACGCAAAUGCAAGUGCAAAUGCCUUUCAACAGCAUUGUCUCUCCUUCGCCCCCGAGAAGCUGAUCUGGAACUCGACUCGAACGCACCUCGAAUAUGUCGCCAAUGGGACAACCCUCGAGUUUCCGGACAAUGUUGCCUCCUGCGCUCGACCCCAACAGCUGGUAUCGGCGGACCUGUGCCGGAUUGCGCUCUCGAUCCCCACGUCUCAACGCUCAAGUAUCGCUCUUGAACUCUGGCUCCCGGAGCAAUGGUCCCAGGCGCGCUAUGUGUCGACGGGCAAUGGGGGGAUAGAUGGAUGCGUAAAAUACGAGGAUCUGGCCUACACAACUAGCAACGGAUUCGCCGCCAUGGGUACCAACAAUGGACACAAUGGAACCACCGGCGUGACUUUCCUCAACAAUCCAGACAUCGUGGAGGAUUUUGCCUAUCGGGCUCUCCAUACCGGUACUGCCACGGGCAAGCUGCUUACCGAGAAAUUCUACAACAAAACACCAGCGUACUCGUAUUACCUAGGAUGCUCUCUCGGUGGUCGUAUGGGUAUCAAGGCAGCAGAACUGUACCCCGAUGACUUUGAUGGCAUCAUCGCUGGCUGUCCCGCCGUCGACUUCAAUUACUUGCAAGGGGAGAGAGCUAUGUUCUACCCUAUUACUGGCGCCGCCGGUUCUCCCAACUUCAUCGAACCAGACCUCUGGACAGGCCUAAUUCACAACGAAGUUCUCAAGCAGUGUGAUGCGCUUGACGGCGUAAAAGAUGGCAUCAUUGAAGUGCCAGAUCGAUGCUACUUCCAGCCCGAGACUUUGCUCUGUCGACCAUGGUGGUGGCCGUUUGGGAAAUCUAGCCCAUGUUUGAACUUUCAACAGGUUCUGCAACUUCGGCAGAUAUAUGCUCCUUAUACUUAUCCCAAUAGGACAUUGAUUUUUCCUCGGAUGAACCCAGGAAAUGAAAUCUUCGCCGUCCAAAAGUUUUUCGCGGGUGCUCCUUUCAGUUACUCUGAGGACUGGUUCAGAUAUGUCGUCCUAAGCCAACCAACUUGGAAUGCUGCCACCUACAACGAAACGCUUGUAGCUCUUGCUCAGGAACUCAACCCCUUUGAUAUCCAGACUUACCCGCAGACGCUCCCGGCUUUCAAGGAAAAAGGGGGCAAGCUACUCAGCUACCACGGCGGUCAAGAUAAUCAAAUCACGAGUUUCAACACGGAGCGCUUCUGGGAUCGUAUGGCUGAGGCAGAUCCCCAGCUACAGGAUUGGUACCGCUUCUUCCGUAUCUCGGGCAUGUUUCAUUGCAAUUCUGGCCCUGGCGCUUGGAUUGUCGGUCAAGGUGGUGGAGCCGCAGCUGCGGGGAUACCGUUUGAGCCGCAGCAGAAUGUUCUUGCUGCGAUGGUUGCCUGGGUGGAGAAGGGACAAGCACCAGGUAGCCUGACGGGUACAAAGCUUGUGAAUGAUACCCUUUCAAUGGGUAUUGAUUUCCAGCGGACCCAUUGCUUAUAUCCUAGCACGCAAACAUAUAUCGGUGGUGAUUAUAAGCUUCCGUCGAGUUGGAGAUGCCAAUAA